UCUUUUUGCAUUCUUACGCGCAAGGAAUAAAGCCGACAGGAUGGUUUCUCAGGGGAUUCAGAUCAUUGGUAUAUCGAUGGCUGUGGUUGGCUGGCUGUUGGUCAUCGUGGUGUGCGUCUUACCCAUGUGGAAGGUCAGUGCUUUCAUUGGAGCCAACAUCAUCACGGCUCAGAACAUCUGGCAGGGUAUAUGGAUGAACUGCGUGGUGCAGAGCACAGGCCAGAUGCAGUGCAAAGUGUACGACUCCGUCCUCGCCAUGCCACAGGACCUGCAGGCUGCUCGCGCUAUGAUCGUCAUCUCCAUCCUGAUUGGAAUCUUUGGAGUUAUUGUGUCCAUUGCUGGCGGGAAAUGCACAAACUGCAUCGAGGACGAGCGAUCCAAGGCAAAGGCUUGCAUCCUGGCUGGGGUUUUGUUCAUUGUCUCAGGGCUGCUCUGUCUCAUUCCGGUCUCCUGGUCUGCAAACAGCAUCAUCACCAGCUUCUACAACCCGCUGUCGGUUAACGUCCAGAGAUACGAGCUAGGAGCAGCGCUGUAUGUUGGCUGGGCAGCUUGUGCGCUGCUGCUGAUGGGAGGGGGACUGCUGUGCUGGAACUGCCCUCCAAAACAUGAACAUCCCCACUACAUACCCAAAUUCACUCCUGUGAAGUCGGCCUCCACCUCAAGAGAAUAUGUGUAAGAUGGUUUUUCCAUCCCAACAUGGACUCUGAAGGUCACAGGAAAUGCAACAGUAGAAGAUGAUCCAUUGCUCUCAAGUUUAAAUAUAUUGUAGAUAUUUUUUUUUACAGACAAUGUAAAUGUGGCACGUAGUGUAAACUUGCCACACGUUGAAUGUUGAGGUUUGAUUGCGGGCUGUGCAUUUGUCAAAUUGACCUUUCCUGCAGCAGACAUUUUUUUGUGGCAUAGGAGAGAACAGCGCGACCAAUGGCUGCAUUCCAUUUAGUUGUCCCAGCAGGAUCCGUGGAUUGUGUAGGCUGACUCAUUCUCACACCAAGAUGAAAUGAAGCCUUCAUAAAUGGUACCGCUGUGAUUCUCUUCAUAUGCUUAGUCAUAAUGGGAACCUAUUUUUAUGGUUAUUGAUUAAACCUGUCAAAACCAAGUAACUAUACUGCUGCGGUCUUAAAAAAUAUACAGAUUUUCAAGUCCCCACCUUUAUCUACGCCUGCUCACUGAGCAUACAUUUCUUCUUUAUUUCUUCUCAAACACUGCACCAUGGCAAGUUAUAAUAUUGAACAGAAGUUUUGAAGGACGCUGCAGUUCCUAGCUGGACAUACUCAGCCAUGGCAGUAACUGCUUAUUUUUGCUCAUGAUGUGUCUGAGUUUCACCAAAGAGAAGUUUCAAUGAAAGAAACAUUUGAAACGUUUAAUUCAUGUUACAAUGUUGCUGGUUUGAGAAAUAAGUAUUGUGAUUAUUAGCAAUCAGUGUGAUUAUUUAUAUUUUCUAAGGAUUUUUGCAAGAACGUGAUUACCUUGAUUAUUAUUCAGAUGAUAACAGAUCAGCAAAUAAGGACAGAAAAAAAAGCUAAUUUAUGUGUAACCUCACAUCUGCCCUUAUACCAAAAGGGGGCAUGUUUAAUUGCUCAUUCUUCAUAAAGCAUAUUGCCUGAGAUGUAUAGUAAUGUAUUAGUGUAUUAAUAAUGUAUUUUUAAUCUGUUGUCCUGUCAUUUUCACGUUUCUGAAUCCCUUUUACUCUGCAUUAUGUGUUUGCUUGUGUAACUUCUAAUGGUCUAUCACUGUAAAUAAACUCUAUUCUUCCUGGA